AUGCACCUCCAGGACUCAUCAUGUGCUCUGGCAGAGAGGAAAUAUCUGAGACAACAGUCACACCUGGAGGGAGACAUCCUUCCCGACACUCCGAAAACCUGGCCUGAAUCCCCACUCACAAAAGCAAAUGGUAAGUGGAGGAGGGGAUUGAAACAUCCAGGAAUGGAAUAUAGUGUGACUGAUUUACCUGCAACACUCCAGGCAUAAUGUUGAAAAGUAAACCAUUUAAUUCAGAAUAAUUGUUUGUUUUCAUGCAUGGUUAUCCAUUAACCAACUAGUAGUUCAUCUCACUAUGACAAUAGCUUAAAACUUGUUAUUUUAACCUGCAGAUAUUGCUUCCUCAAAGUCCCAGACUCAGGCAGAGAAAAUGAGAUCCGUUUUCAUCAACAUCUCCAAGAUCCCCCUGCUCCUCCUCUUCCUGUACAUGUUCGUCUGCUCGCUGGAUGUCCUGAGUUCUGCCUUCCAGUUAGCGGGAGGUAACCUUCCUCAGGUUCAUUCAGGUUCAUCCAUCCUAUCACGACUCAGGAUAUGACCCAGAUUCAGACACAGGAAGCGGAUGGUUCAGUUCUCAGAUCAUUUAUUAUAACAUUGGCAUAAAAAAAUAUUUGCUGUGUGUUCCCCUCUGGGCGGACAGGUAAGGUGGCUGGAGACAUCUUCAAAGACAAUGCCAUCCUGUCCAACCCGGUGGCAGGGAUGGUGGUGGGCGUUCUGGUGACGGUUCUAGUCCAGAGUUCCUCUACCUCCACCUCCAUCAUCGUCAGCCUCGUCUCCUCGGGACGUAAGUCAUACACACACACACAUACACAUACACACACACACACACACACACACACACACACACACACACACUCACACACACACACACACACACACACACACACACACACACACACACACACACACACACACACACACACACACACACAUACACAUACACAUACACAUACACAUACACACACACACACACACACACACCUUCUACUGUACUGCGCUCUACUGUACAAUAGGUCUGGAUUACUGGAAGAGCAACUGACCUAAGUCAAUACAAAAUGAAAGGAUAUUUCUUGAUGUGUUCCCUCAAUACAAGAUGAAAGGGUAUUUCUAUUUAAAGAAUGGACUUUGUAAUAUAGGUGAAUAGUGGUUUAAUGUUGUGCCUGCUCGUGCAGUACUCAAUGUGAGGUCUGCCAUCCCCAUCAUCAUGGGAUCCAAUAUUGGGACGUCCGUCACCAACACCAUCGUUGCUCUGAUGCAGGCUGGGGAGAGGGAUGAGUUUGAACGGUAAGAAACGGCUGUGUAUCCUCCUCUCCUGUAAAUCCUUAGGAUUUAAACAAACCCUGAACCAAGUAUCGCCACAGUUUGGCAUCAUGCAUGAUUUAUAAUAACACGGCCUGUGGAUUGCAGGGCAUUUGCUGGAGCGACAGUGCAUGACUGUUUUAACUGGCUGUCAGUGCUGGUGCUGCUGCCCCUGGAGGCAACCACAGGCCUGCUGAGAAGACUGUCUCAGGCCGUGGUUGACACCUUCCACAUCAGCUCUGGAGAGGAGGCCCCGGAGAUGCUCAAGGUCAUCACUGAACCACUCACCAAACUCAUCAUUCAGGUACUGAACCACUCACCAAACUCAUCAUUCAGGUACUGAACCACUCACCAAACUCAUCAUAAAGGUACUGUUGGGGUUGGGCAAAAUGUGUGGGUAAACAGUCUGCACUGUGUGGCUUUGGUCAAACACAUGAGUCACAUGUCUAGGAAUGUAGAAAGAGCUUGGCUUUCGAUCAUUCCUCCUUCCUUUGAUCACCUCACAUUGAUCGAUAUUAUGUUAUAUUCCCGUUUAUCCUUGCAGUUGGAUAAGUCUGUCAUCACAGGCAUCGCCAUGAGAGACGAGGCCAUGAGGAACAGGAGUCUGGUGAGGGUAUGGUGUAAGAGUCACAUCCUAACGGUAAGACCCAAUGCCACAGGCCUCUCUUGAUGUGCAAAAUAUCUGCAGUCACUGAUUUGGUGGUUUCAAAGACAGAUGUUUCUCUUUCAUCCUCCUGCAGUCCUCUGUGAAUGUUUCUGUCGGUGAUUCCUUCAACUGUACGUCAAUACAACCCUGCUGGCAAAGAAAUGUAUCAACCUGGACAACACAGAACAUGACUCUACUUGUAAAUAUAAAAAAAUGUAAAUAAAUAUCAUUUUUAUUCUUGGAAUUGAGCGAGUGUCAAAGUACUGUCACAGGGAAAUAUGUGACAGUCAUACUGAUCCCACUACAGUCCUGAGGCUGGGGGUGCUAGUUGGAACCGUAGUGGGCCUUUAGUGACAGAUAAAAGCAGCAGAGUAGAAAGACUGACCCAGUCCUCUGUUGAUGUCCCUAGGCAACCAUUUGUUUGUGGACUCGUGGUUGUCCGACCUGGCGGUAGGCCUCAUUCUGCUGGCCUGCUCUCUUCUACUGCUGUGCACCUGUUUGGUGCUGCUGGUCAAGCUGCUUAACUCCCUGCUCCAAGGCCAGGUGGCUAAGGUCAUUCAGAGGAUCAUCAACACAGGUGGAGUGAUCUAAAAUGUGACUGGAAGAUUGAGCUUAGAAAACAUAGCUAUGAUUUUUUUUGGGGGUCCUGUGGUAUAUGAUUGCAAUGAAUAUCUAUUUGAGGUGGUGCCGAUUUGAGGUGGCGUCGAUAGGCACUGCAUAGCUUAUUUGAGUUGGCACCCAUAGGCUCUGCAAAGCUUUUUCAUUAGCACUACAAUAUAGCUGACGUAGUCAUUUAGUAAGCAUAGCAACAUUUAGGUUGUGUGAGGAAAACAAAGCUGUGAUAAAACACAGAGGUAGAUUAUACAGUAUGUAAAAUAAAACAACAAUCCCAGCAUCUGACAUAUUUCCCUUGAAAGCUCUUUACUGAAACUCCACAUACUGUAAGUAAUGUGAAUCUCCCCUCUCUCCCCUCCUCCAGACUUUCCCUACCCGUUUGGCUGGCUGGCAGGUUACCUGGCCAUCCUGGUGGGGGCUGGCCUGACCUUUGUGGUCCAGAGCAGCUCAGUGUUCACCUCCGCCAUCACUCCUCUCAUAGGUGAGCGUUACAAACACUAUUAACCAUGCAGAUCACUUUGUAAGUUCUGGGCUCAUAAGAGUGCUGAUCUAGGACUAGAUCAAAUCAGUUCAGAGUUAACCCGCAUUAACCGGUACCAACAAAGCAGAUCUUUUUUUUUUGUUAGGUCAUACAGUGCCUUCGGAAAGUAUUCAGACCCCUUGACUUUUUCCAUAUUUUGUUAUGUUACAGGCGUAUUCUAAAAUUGAUUAAAUAAAUACAAAUCCUCAGCUAUCUGCACACAAUACCACAUGACAAAGCAAAAACUGGUUUUUAGAAAUGUUUGCAAAUGUAUUACAAAUAAAAAACAGAAAUACCCUAUUUACAUAAGUAUUCAGACCUUCAGACUUUGCUAUCAGACUCGAAAUUGAGCUCAGGUGCAUCCUGUUUCCAUUGAUCAUCCUUGAGAUGUUUCUCCAACUUGAUUGGAGUCCACCUGUGAUAAAUUCAAUUGAUUGGACAUGUUUUGGAAAGGCACACACCUGUCUGUAUAAGGUCCCACAAUUGACAGUGCAUGUCAGAGCAAAAACCAAGCCAAGAGGUCGAAGGAAUUGUCCGUAGAGCUCUGAGACAGGAUUGUGUCGAGGCACAGAUCUGGGGAAGGGUACCAAAACAUUUUUGCAGCAUUGGAGGUCCCCAAGAACACAGUGGCCUCCAUCAUUCUUAAAUGGAAGAAGUUUGGAACCACCAAGACUCUUCCUAGAGUUGGCCGCCCGGCCAAACUGAUCAAUCGGGGGAGAAGGGCCUUGGUCAGGGAGGUGACCAAGAACCCGAUGGUCACUCUGACAGAGCUCUAGAGUUCCUCUGUGGAGAUUGGAGAACCUUCCAGAAGGACAAUCAUCUCUGCAGCACUCCACCAAUCAGGCCUUUAUGGUAGAGUGGCCAGACGAAAGCCACUCCUCAGUAAAAGGCACAUGACAGCCCGAUUGGAGUUUGCCAUUAGGCACCUAAAGACUCUCAGACCAUGAGAAACAAGAUUCUCUGGUCUGAUGAAACCAAGAUUGAACUCUUUGGCCUGAAUGCCAAGCGUCACGUCUGGAGGAAACCUGGCACUAUCCCUACGGAGAAGCAUGGUGGUGGCAGCAUCAUGCUGUGGGGAUGUUUUCAGCGGCAGGGACUGGGAGACUAGUCAGAAUUGAGGCAAAGAUGAACAGAGCUAAGUACAGAGAGAUCCUUGAUGAAAACCUGCUCCAGAGCGCUCUGGAUCUCACACUGGGGCGAAGGUUCACCUUCCAACAGGACAACGACCCUAAGCACACAGCCAAGACAAUGCAGGAGUGGCUUCGGGACAAGUCUCUGAAUGUCCUUGAGUGGCCCAGCCAGAGCCUGGACUUGAACCCGAUCGAACAUACCUGGAGAGACCUGAAAAUAGCUGUGCAGCAACAACCCCAUCCAACCUGACAGAGCUUGAGAGGAUCUGCAGAGAAGAAUGGGAGAAACUCCCCAAAUACAGGUGUGCCAAGCUUGUAGUGUCAUACCCAAUAAGACUCGAGGCUGUAAUCGCUGCCAAAGGUGCUUCAACAAAGUACUGUGUAAAGGUCUGAAUACUUUUCUUAAAAACUGUUUUUGCUUUGUCAUUAUGGGGUAUUGUGUGUAGAUUGAUGUGUCUGAGGUUUAACUGUGUUGGAGCUGUCAAAUCGGUGAGCGGUCGCUCAUGUGGUCAUUGUCACGAAGUUCAGAAUGAGAACGUGUAGGCUACAUAGAAAUAAUGACACUGAAAUUAAAUAAUGAGGAUUUCUAUCAGCCUAAUCGAGGUGUGGAUUACAGCCUAGGGCCAAAAUAUUUGUAAAUAUUUUUCUUAUUUUAUGUGUUUUUUGUGUGAAUCAUUUUAUUUUAUUUUUGUUUUUAAUAGCCAAACAAGUAUAGAUUUAGUCUGAAUUAAAUAAAAAAGUUUCCUGCCCAAUAAAUAAUGGCAAAUAAGCUUUUGAAGAUGGCUAGCUAACAAUGCUAGCUAGCUAGCUGUUUUGAUUUGAAUACAUCGGCCUACUUUGGGAAUGUUUCUAUGGUUUCCUUGAUCCAUGAGGCGAACCACAAUGCAGUUGGCAGUGAGGAAUUCAAGAGCAUUCCUCCAAAGUAACGAGUGGACUGUAUCCUGAGUGAGUGCACAGGGAGAUAAAAAACAAACAGCAUCUCCCUCUGUCCUACCACACGGAGAAGACGCAGACAGCAAGACACCUGGCUGAUCACCUGCACCUCCCUCUGUCCUACCACACGGAGAAGACGCAGACAGCAAGACACCUGGCUGAUCACCUGCACCUCCCUCUGUCCUACCACACGGAGAAGACGCAGACAGCAAGACACCUGGCUGAUCACCUGCACCUCCCUCUGUCCUACCACACGGAGAAGACGCAGACAGCAAGACACCUGGCUGAUCACCUGCACCUCCCUCUGUCCUACCACACGGAGAAGACGCAGACAGCAAGACACCUGGCUGAUCACCUGCACCUCCCUCUGUCCUACCACACGGAGAAGACGCAGACAGCAAGACACCUGGCUGACCACCUGCACCUCCCUCUGUCCUACCACACGGAGAAGACGCAGACAGCAAGACACCUGGCUGACCACCUGCACCUCCCUCUGUCCUACCACACGGAGAAGACGCAGACAGCAAGACACCUGGCUGAUCACCUGCACCUCCCUCUGUCCUACCACACGGAGAAGACGCAGACAGCAAGACACCUGGCUGACCACCUGCACCUAACCUCUGCUCAAGUCUGCUGCUAUUGACUGUCGCUCCAUCUGAUGGAGGCUUGAAGUAUUCAGAACGUUAUAGUUUAGGCCUAUUGACUGUCAUUCCUAUUUGUUAUAGUUAUUUGUUUUGCUUUUUAAACACCCUGAGAUAUGUUGGCUUGUAUGUGCUGUGUACUGUAGUUCAGCUUUUAGCUCCCAGGUAUGGCCCACUGUAAAACUGUAAUAAACUAAUACUUAUUUUCCAGGGUUAGAACUUAUAAACAAUGCUGCAUGGGAUUUCUCUUAAUGCGACUCCUUGCAGCCAAUGGCAAUGUCCGCUUUAGGUAUAACGCCAGGAGCCGCUUGUGGAUCUGACAGCUCUAACACAGUUCCACCUCCAACACGUCAAAACAAGAGCUAUGUGGGAGUCGGCUAGAGCGAAUCUGAUUGAAUCUAGCCUCUAGAAUUAGCCCCCCCCCCCCCACUACGUAUUCUUAUUCAUUAUAAUCUAAUAGACAAAACGUAUCAAUACUAAUUAAUAAUAAUACUGAUCCUAGAUCAGUAUUCCUACUCUGAGAUGCUUAAGAAUACGGGCCCUGGAAUCUUCCAAGCUAAAGUUAUUCUGUAGCCAGCCGACCUGACCAGGAGAUCAAAUGGCUCAUUCCUCUGGCGGUGACAGUGACACGUCUGAGUUCAUGAGGAGGUGGUACUAGUUAAUCUUUAAGCCUUGGUAAGGCAUUCAUUUUCUCAUUAAUUUCAAUUGGGGACAUUAACCCAAUUGAAAAAUUCAGGGCUUGUUUUUGCUCUAUUCAUUGAUGAAACACUUACAGGAGAAACAAGAGGUCAUAUUAAUAUGAAUUAAGGUUGGUUUGGGAUUGGGAAUGAAUGAUGUGCAUCUGAUGAUGGAGCCAGGUGUAUUAUUAGCCAGAGAGGAGGAUGGAGGAGGAUGGAGGAGGAGGAUGGAGGAGGAGGAUGCAUUUCAUGCUGUCUAAUCCCCGGCAUUCUGGGGGACAGAUCUGCCUCAGUGUUCUGAGAUCAGCAAUAAUUAACUGCACAGUGGCUGGACUCUCCCACGGAGCAUUGGAGGAGCUGCGGCUCCAUGGAAUCCCCAUUUCUGAGCUGGUUAAUCCCUGGAGUUUAGGAUCCGCUGUGCAGGCAUGGAGACUAAGUCUUUCUCACACAGAAUAGCUACUGCUAUUCCCAAACUGGAACUAAAUAACGCUGUCUCCUCACUAACCAUCCGAUUCCUCUACUAAACAAUGUUUCAGUCCAUGGAGUUGCAGCCCCAUCACAUGGCUCUGUGAUGGCAUUGUAUUUGUGCUCUCAGGUAUUGGUGUUAUCAGCAUUGAGCGUGCCUACCCUUUGACCCUGGGGUCCAACAUUGGCACGACCACCACAGCUAUCCUGGCAGCAUUGGCAAGCCCAGGGGACAAGCUGGCUGCAGCUUUCCAGGUAUAUAAUUCUCAUCCUUUUAAACUGGACCUUCACACAGCUGUUGUUUGUUAUACUUUCUACAGUGGUUUGUCUAUUUACAGUGACUUGUGUUCCAUGAUCUCUCAUUGCAUUACCCUGGUCUGUUCUACAGGUCGCCUUGUGUCAUUUCUUCUUUAACAUACUGGGCAUUCUGCUGUGGUACCCUGUGCCCAUCACCCGCCUGCCCAUCCGUAUGGCCAGGACUCUGGGGCAGCGUACGGCCAAGUACCGCUGGUUCGCUGUGCUCUACCUGCUUCUGUGCUUCCUGCUCCUGCCCUCGCUCGUCUUCGCCCUCUCCAUGGCAGGCUGGCAGGUGAUGGCUGGGGUGGGCGUGCCCUUCGCCGUGGCCCUCCUCUUGGUGUCUGUGGUGAACAUGCUGCAGGUACACAGGCCAGGCUGUCUGCCAGUGAGGCUGCGGAGCUGGGACUUCCUGCCUGUCUGGAUGCAUUCCCUUCAACCCCUGGAUACCCUCAUCACCAAGGUGACCCUGUGCUGCUCUAGAAAAGCCAGAGAGCCUGGUCUGAUACAAUGCUCCAUGGACCCUGAUGGUCCUCAGAAGAGGAGCCACAUGGCUUUGGACAACCUUGCUCUGUGUUACAUAGACGAGGCCCCCACAGUGGUAAUGUCCCAGGGGGCAGACAAGGCCUCCACAGUGGCAAUGUCCCAGGGUGCAGACGAGGCCCCCACAGUGGCAAUGUCCCAGGGUGCAAAUUAG